AUGCUGAUGGAGCGCAGCACGGAAGACGACGGACCUACAAGCCGAUUGAUCCGCGAAGGAUUCGACCGGUUCCUCGCUGAUCUUGCGCGCGAGCGCGAAGCCCUCGACAUCAGCCAGCGCACUAUGCCGUUGGACGUCUGCGCGUUCUGCGUGCAGUUCCUGCCGUCUUCGUACAACGUGAGCGGCGACGGCGACGAGGAACAGCGCGUCCAGAGUCCAACCAGCUACGCUGUCCGGGCAGCUCCCCCUUCGGAGCUCAUGACGGCUCGCUGCAGUACAGGGGCUCAAAUGCGCUCAAGUCUCGUGAUUCAGCAUCAAUUUCCGAGCAAGGCUACAACCUCAGCAGCUCUGGGUAAAAGUCCACGAACGGCACGAAUGGCAGCGAGAAUCCAUCGACCUCGAAGCUGCACUCGACCUGCCCCAACUGCUUCAAUGUCACCACCUCGAUCGUCUCCGACGUAUCGUCUUCUGUCAACAGACGCCACGCGGGUGUUGCGUAUCGAGUCGCCAGUUGCAGCGCUGCACUCGAUGUCGAUGGGGCAGGAAUACGACCAGCAUCGCGUUCUAUUGACGGAGGCCUCAGACAGAAUGGCUCGUGAACGGGAUGAACGGAUGACGGGGGCGAUUGAUCCAGAGUCGCAGCAACAUCAGAAUAUCAUCGACGCGCUUAUCCGAGGAGCAGGGACUUUGUACACUGGUGUUGUUGUCGCUCAGCAGGAGAAUAAACCUCCAACUCCCGCACCUCGAUCAAGUCUCACUGCAGCAGGCUCCAAGAUUGUCACGAAGAAACACGGUCGCCACUUUAAAACCGAGCUCUUCUUCCCAGCUAUCCCUUCACGAACAGCGCCACAAAAGUCUAGUAGAAGUUGA